ACUGUACAUGAAUUUCAAAAAGUCACCGCCAUGAUUGUGAUUUCCAGGUUGGACCGCUGAGUCCGUUUGUUGUGCAGAAUACGCACAGAAGAGGGAUUUUUUAUUGUUUUUACAGUUUUUUUUGGAAACGAGCCAGAUACCUAAAAAUGGAGUCUCGGUUUGCUCACCUGCGCGAGCGGGACACCAGUGUGUCAAUGCUGAGGGUAAAAAUGUCCCGUAGGAGGUCUCAGUCUCAGAAGGAAAACCGACAACGGGCCAUGAACACACGAAGACAGCUGGAGAAGCUCCAGGAGCUGGAAAUGUCUACCAUGGACGCCUCCAUGGCAGUGACCGACAUGUCAGUCAUUCAAGAGAAGACACUGAACAAAGCAAAAUCCGCUAAACAGGCAGCUGGAGAAGAAAGAAUGAAACAGCUUGAGCGCUGGAAAGAGCGCAAGGCUCUUGAGAAGGAGAAGGAAAAGAGAGAAAAGGAGCGUAAAGGGGUAUUUAAGACAGGGGUGUAUCAUCCAAAGGACAGACUUGUCAUUGCCCCUCUGCCGGUGGUCCCAGCUGCCUCAACCAGAGCUAAGGAGACAAAAGUAAGCGCAGCUCCCUCCCAGAGUACCAGAGUCACUCGUUCAAUGAAACAGCCGCAUCAAGUGCAGAAGCCUCUGAAGAUGCAGGAUCCAAAUACUGUGGCUAAGAAAGCUCAGCCUGCUGUGGAAAGAUCAACCAGGAGCCGUGCCGCUCCUGCACCAGUUGUUUCCAAGACCAAAGUUUGUGCCGUGGAGCCCAUCGUACGAGCGUCGUCCACCAGAUCAGCCAACAGGCCUCCUGUUACAGCAGCUCCUGUGAUGAAAGACAAACCGAAGGGCAAGCCUGCAGAUGUAAGAACAACAAGGAGCAGGGCGUUUGUCAGCCACGUGGCUCCCCCUGCUGACCAACAGAGGAACUGUAAAGUAACUGACGACAACAGUGUUGAACCUGCUGUGCCCAAGGACCCAGAGCUGAAGGAGCCUGAGAUAAAGGAACCAGAGGAAAAACCUUGUCCCCCCAGCCCAGCACCCUGCUCUGAGGAGGAAGACAUGGUGGUGGACCAAGCUCCGGCUGACUCCAUCCCUGCUGGGGAUCCCGUUGAAGAACCGUCUUCUUUAACUUCUUUCGCUCCAGAUGGUUUCAAAUUCUCAGCUCCGACUGGAUUAUCCUCCUUCAAGUUUGAGCCUCUCACUCCUCGCUCAGCCGAUGCCUUUCUUACACCAAGCAACAGCUUCACUCUUCCAGACGUCCCUGUUUUCAGUGCUGAGCCUCAGGCCGAGCCAAGCGAACCCUCUCCUCCUAAAUCUCCUCGCCGCUCUGCUCCAUGUACAUCACCGACUCCAGGCAGCCCCCUGGAAUCCAAGCAUGACGUACCAUACUUCAGAUCUGAAAUCGCUAAUGAGACGGACAGACUGAUGACUCUGUGUGCCAGCUGGGAGUUUAAAGUGGAGGAUGAGUCCAUCCCAGAAGAGAUGAGAGACCGCAUGCGUACAGCCAUCGGUCAAGCGAGGCUGCUGAUGAAAGAGAGAUUCAACCAGUUCGCCGGUCUGGUGGACGACUGCGAGCUGGGCCGAGGGGAGAAGAUCACCACCUGCACUGACCUGCAGGGAUUCUGGGACAUGGUGUAUUACCAGGUGGAGGAUGUCAACAAGAAGUUUGACGCUCUCAAAGAAGCAGAGAGCAGAGGCUGGGUGGAGGAGCACAAGCCGCCGCCACCCCGACAGAGGAAAGUGGUGAAGAAGCCAGCUGCACCCGCCAAACCAGCAGGAACCAAAGCGGCCGCCAAAUCUCGCCUGGCCGCUGUGAAAGCGGCCAUGAAAGCCAAACAGCAGGCAGCCCAGGCAGAGAAAGCAGCUAAGGAUGCUGGUAACGCUGAGGACACCCCAAGCCAGGACUCUCAGGAACCACAACCCCAAGCAGAGCCUAAACCCACUGACGCGGUGGUCUUUGACGGAGGAUUCUUCCAGGUAGAAAGCCCAGCCAGACCAUCAGGUUCAGUGAGGAGAUCCAGUCGUCUGAGUGCUGCUGUGCUGCCUCAGGCCUCUCCCUGCUCCAGCUACCUCUCACCCAGAAGAGUGACUCGGCGGUCCCUGGCGCUGGCACAGACCCCCGUUCCAGCGGUCGGCUCUCCUGUUCAGCCCGUCCACACUCCCGCUCACCUACGUCUUGCCCUCAGCCUAACCCCAGCACAAACACCAAAGUCUCAGCGAGGCACUCCUCAGUCAUCCCGGAACAGAAAGGACACUGUAAAUUCCUCCCUUUGUUUCUCAGCUGUCAAAGAAGCGCUUUCAGAAGUCACAAAGCCAGAAGGAAGCUCUGCACACCAGUCAGGAACAGACUCCACGCAAGAAAUCGCUGCUUCUGUUCCUGAAUUGAGCACGCCCACACCUGUACAUUCACUUCCAGCCAUUACUGUAGUCGAGGAACUAGCUGAAGCUGUCGAUGUUGACCUCCCUCUAUCUCCAAGACUGUCCCCCUCUCCAUGCAAAACACCUCCUCCAGUCUCCCAGGCCCCUGAGCCCUCAGCAUCUCUGAGUUUCAUGUUGUCACCCUGUGUGACUCCCAGCCAGCCUCCUACCCCCUCCCCUCCUGCUGUGGAGGCCCAACAGUCUGUGUGUCACACACCAGACAGCUCAGUUGUCGAGGAAAUUCCUGGGUUGGACUUUGAGCGUUACCUCCAGCCUUCACAGAGAUGCAGCCUGUCACCGCGGGACACAGUUACCGUAGAGACUCUGUCCCCCAUGGCGGUGGAUGUAGAAAUGGAGAGUCCCAGAGGACAAUCGGAGGACUUGCUCACUCAGCAAGAGCCAGCACAUCCAGCGGUGCCUUCAGUGUUUGCUCUCCAGUCGCCACAGCCCCAGGCGGCCGAGUCUCCCAUGCUUCUCUUCACCCCGGACCCCAAGGACCGGAUACGCCAGUCUUGCUGUCCAAGUGACCUGAUGGUCUUCACGCCUCCCCUCUAAUGUGUAGCAAAGUUUUUGUUUUAAAUCCUUCUAUUUUGAUAUAUAACGAAUACUUUUUUAACUUUUUCAUGAAAAAAAAUUUGAGUGAUUCUGUCUUUAACUUCUAGAUAGUUGGAAAGCUAUUUUUAACUAUUUAAACUGUUUUAUCUUAGCAAUUAAAGUUCCUAUUAUAGCAAGAAA